GUAUUUCGUGAGCGUGCGUGGAUCGUUCCGGAUUGGAAAAAGAUACAAGUUUUAGUGGUUUCGGUCUCUCCGCCUCUUUGGACUAACUAAGUGCGACGAGCGUUUGACACAAGAUCAGCAGUCGCCAUGGUGGCGACUCCCAAAGAAGUCGAGGUGGUCGAAGCCGUCACUGCGGUCGACACGCCGACCAACAACAGCAAUGGCAAUGAGAGUAAUAAGAAAAAGUCUCGCAAAGAGCGCAAGCGUGAGAAGAAGGAAAAGAAACUCCAGGAGAAACAGAGAAUUGAGGAGGCAUUGGACCCUGCUGUUGAGUUCGCCGAGCCUCCCGAGGAAACAGACGAGACCUUGAAACAGGCAAUGCUCCAGGAAUUCAGAGAGUGGGUGAAGCUACAGCCCCACUUCGUCAACUGCCGGACAGAUGACUCCUUCCUGCUGAGAUUCCUGCGUACGAGGAAGUACUGUCUCCAGUCCGCGCAAGAUACGCUGGAUAGGUAUCUGACAGUUCGAACACAUUACCCGGUGUUCUUCAAGAAUCCUGACUUCAAGGAACCGGGCUUGAGAGAUAUACUUUCUCGAGGAUAUAUAUUCCCGCUCCUGGAGAAAGAUCCAGAGGGUCGCACCAUCGUGUUCGGUCUAGCCGGCGCACUGGACACGUCGCGACACAAACCGAAUGACAUUUAUAGGGCUUUUUCAAUGUCCUUCGAGGCUCUCCUCGAAGACGAAGUCAAUCAACGAAAAGGUUUCACCUACAUAAUGGACGAGUCUGGCUUCAGACUCCAUCAUCUAGCUCAUGUUAACCUGCGUGACGUGCAACGAGUGAUGAUUUCUGGUGAGAAGGGCUACCCCAUGCGACACAAAUCCAUUCACUGGGUGAAUGUGCCUCGAUACAUUUCAGCAUUGACAGACUUCGCUCUGAGUUUCUUCAGUCCGAAAUUGCAGAAUAGGAUGUUCGUCCACACCGACGUCACAUCUCUCCACAAGGAAUUCGACCCAAAAAUUCUACCCUUGGAGUUCGGCGGGUCCGUACCGUGGAAAGUCAUGUGUGAUAAAUGGCUAGAGGAGCUAGAGCGGAGGUAUCCGCGGAUAAUGGAGAUGGAUGCAAUGGGUGUUGACGAGAAACUGCGCCCGAAAGAGUCAAAGUGUCGCAUAAAUGGUUCAGGAGGGGGUUGGGGUCUGAUGAGGCUGUGGACAUCGAUUACUCGCUUGGAUAUCUACUCAAACAAUUCCUAA